CAAACAUAUCAACGAGGUUAUGUUCAUUGCACCAAUAUUGAAGAAGUCCUUUUAUUUUACUUUCUAUUAAUGAAUCAGAAUAAAGGAUAAAUACUAUAAGAGUAAUUAGUUAAAUAUGUGAAAAUCAAAAUAAAAAGCAAUCUCUGUAGACAAGAUGCCCGUUUCUGACUUCAUUUCCACUUUGUCCGAUAAUCCUUAUUUUGGUGCUGGAUUUGGUCUUUUUGGUGUUGGUGCUGGUGCAGCCUUAUUAAGAAAAGCAUUCCAGAGCUCCCUAAUCCUUUUUAGAAGACAUUAUAUGAUAACUUUAGAAGUGCCUUGUCGAGAUAAAUCCUAUCAAUGGUUAUUACAAUGGAUGACAUCAAAAGGUGCCAGACAGACACAACAUUUAAGUGUUGAAACUAGUUUUGAACAAAAGGACAGUGGGUUAAUAAAGACCAAAUAUGAUUUUAUUCCCAGUAUAGGAACACACUUUUUCCGGUAUGGCAGAACUUGGAUAAGAGUAGAACGUACAAGAGAGCAGCAUACACUGGACCUACAUAUGGGGACACCAUGGGAAACAGUACAAUUAACUGCAUUUGGGAGGAAUAAAAAUAUGUUUUUUCAAAUUCUAGAGGAGGCUAGACAUAUGGCAUUAGAAAAACAUGAAGGAAAAACAAUAAUGUACACUGCAAUGGGAAGUGAAUGGAGGACAUUAGGACAUCCAAGAAGGAAGAGACCAAUUUCUUCUGUUAUCCUUGACAAAGGAGUAAGUGACAAAAUUCUCACUGAUUGUCAGGAGUUUAUUGCAAAUCCAGGGUGGUAUAUAAACAGAGGAAUUCCAUAUCGAAGAGGUUAUCUCCUUUAUGGACCUCCAGGUUGUGGCAAAUCAUCUUACAUAACAGCGUUAGCGGGUGAAUUAGGAUUUUCUAUUUGUAUACUGAACUUAUCAGAACGAAGCCUGUCAGAUGACAGGCUCAACCAUCUUUUGAGUGUCGCUCCACAGCAAAGUAUUAUCUUACUCGAAGAUAUCGAUGCUGCAUUUGUAUCAAGAGAAGAUACCGCCUUACAAAAAGCAGCCUAUGAGGGUUUAAAUAGAAUUACGUUUAGUGGGUUAUUAAAUUGUUUAGACGGAGUGGCCAGCACUGAAGCUAGAAUAGUUUUUAUGACGACGAAUUAUAAAGAAAGAUUGGAUCCUGCGUUAAUUAGACCAGGUCGUGUUGAUAUGCAGGAAUACAUCGGUUGGUGUUCCCAAGACCAAAUCGAAAGGAUGUUCCUUAGAUUUUAUGAUGGUGAGGAGGCUGCUUCUCAGUCUAAAUUAUUUGCCGAAAAAGUUACAAAGUUUAAUGCUAAAGUCAGUCCUGCUCAAGUGCAGGGUUUCUUUAUGAUUCAUAAACAUUCUAACUUUGAGGAUGUGAUAAAUGAUUGUGAGAUGCUGGUCCAAUUGGGAAAAAAAUAAUAGUUUAAAGUGUAAGUGGUCAAUAUAAUAAGAAUUACAAAACAAAAUUAGAACAUAUUAUAA